AUGUCAUCUAUUAGUGGCAAUGGCACCGCCAACGGCUUCAAUAUAGAAUUCAGUUUCCUAAAAUCUACACAAAAACUGUGCCCGCCAAGAAAGCCUAUCACAAUUGGAAAACUCCAAGGGGAAAUCGAUCUUUCUAUCAUCCCAGCUUCCAAUAUCUCUUCUACUGCCUCUUCCACAAGGGGCCCUUCCCUUCUACAGGGACCAAUUGCAGGGUUUCUUUUUCUCUUCCCUGUCAUCAGCCUAACUUUGCCCGACACCGCCGUUCUGGGGGGUAGCUUUAUAUCUUCCUCCACCACUAUUGUUAUAACCUCUUCCGGUUGGCAUCCCAAUGGCGUUCUCUCGGCAUUUACUACCAGCACAGUGGGGUUGAACACUAUCCGGAGCCUCGCCAUCCCUUUUAUCUCCAGGGGGGUUCCAUCUGCCUGUGUGAUUUCUAUGUCCGCUUCCGGCAACCCAUUCUUCUGUUUCACCCUUCUGUAUUCUUUUUUCUCUCAGCAAGGAAACAGACGCUCCUGUGUCUAUCAGAGCUUUCAUUGCCCUACCCCUUAUUUUCUUGCGUCAGCGAAGAAAAUAUCUUGGCUUUCUUUUUCCUGGGUUCCCACCUUUGGGUCAUCCCAGCCAUAG